GCAGCCCCUGCAGUUCCUUCUCUUCUCGCUCUUGGGACGCUACCGCCGCGCGGAAAGCAGCUGCGGGCGAGCGGACUGCCACAGAGGAGGAGCUUUCGGCCGCAGCCUAGUAACACCGAGAGCGCAGGCCUGUGUUUGAAACCUGACAUGGUAAAGACACUUCCUGCUUUUGGAGGAGAGGCUCUUCUUCGAUGUGCCUGCGUGGAUUUGUGUUCCUCCCGAAAAGAAUGGCUGAUGUGUGCACCUGGCCUUUCUCCCCUAGGGAUUAGCAGGAGCCACCAUGGGUUCUGUGAAUUCCCGAGGUCACAAGGCAGAAGCCCAGGUGGUGAUGAUUGGCCUCGACUCAGCUGGGAAGACCACACUCCUGUACAAACUGAAGGGCUACCAGCUGGUGGAGACCCUGCCCACUGUUGGUUUCAACGUGGAGCCUCUCAGAGUCCCUGGGCAUGUGUCUCUGACCAUCUGGGAUGUGGGGGGGCAGACCCAGCUGAGGGCCAACUGGAAGGACUACCUGGAAGGCACGGAUGUCCUCGUGUAUGUGCUGGAUAGCACAGAUGAAGCUCGCUUGCCCGAGGCGGUGGCUGAGCUCGUGGAAGUCCUUAAUGAUCCACACAUGGCCCACGUCCCUUUCUUGGUGCUGGCCAACAAGCAGGAGGCGCCCGAUGCUCUGCCGCUGCUCGGGAUCAGAGACAGGCUGGGCCUGGAGAGAUUCCAGGACCGCAGCUGGGAUCUCCGGGCCUGCAGUGCCCUCACCGGCGCUGGGCUGCCCGAGGCCCUGCAGAGCUUGAGAAGGCUCCUGAAAUCCCGCUGCCACUGUGUCUCCAGGUGAGCGCAGGUGCAGCGGGGGAGUGGGGAGAGCAAGAAGACUGGAUCCAGGCAGAGCAGCGUGCCUUUGCCCAUAUGAACUGAAAGAAGCAGCUAGUCCUUGAGAAUCUGAAACUCAGUUUGUCAAAUAAGACGUCCUUCCGUGCUUGGACAGGAUAUUUUCUUCUUGGGGCUUAUUGUCACGAGGGUUUAUGCUGAAAACCAACUAUUCUUUGAAUAAUAAUACUG